AUGACCUCCGGCGACGAAGAGAAGAUUCGAAGAUUCAGUAGCUUAGAGCGGUCACCGGAGAAGGUGAACUUGGGCGGCCGAAAGGUGAAUCUCAAGUCUCUCUCUCCUUUAUCGACUGUGAUCUUGCAGAUCCUGGUCUGGCUAGCAGGCGGAUUCUUAGGCCAGAGCUUGCUGAUGGAGAAGAGACGUGCACGUUCAAAGUUCUUCCAUAUCAGUUAUGCCAGGCAGCUUUACCUCCAAUAUUCAGAAUCUACUACUAAGGGUCCAUUUGGUCUUGGAGAUUUCGUCAUUGAGUUUGCUUAUGGUUUUGCGUUUGAUUCCAGGACUGAAGAAGCAUCUGAAUGGGAUCAAUGCUCCUACGCACCGGAUGCCUGA